UUGGUGCCGCUGCAAUCAACAAGAAUCGAGAAGUAUAAUAAAACAAAAAAGAGUAUGGCUGAAAACGGUCAAAUGAUGGAUAUUGUAAAUCCCCAGGAAGUGAGCAGAAGGACGUUGAUUCUGGCAACACUGGCUGGAAUAGCAGUAGAAGGCCCACUUUUGGGGAUGAUGGGUUUCAGCUUUCUGACUUCUUUGAUAAUUCUGGUCGUAACUUCUCCGCUGCUCUUGAUAUUUAGUCCUCUGUUGUUUGGUGCUGCUUGUAUUUUCGCAUUCGCCAUCGCAGGCUUUGGGGUGGCUGGGACUAUGGCUUUUGCAGGAUUGUCUUCGUUUGUUCUGGUCUAUCGUUCACUAAUUAAAGGCGUAAGAAAAACGGGCAUAGACUACGGCGAUACUGAUCAUGAGCCGGUGGUCAGUGUGGAUAAAAUGAUUCAGCCGGACGAGACUGUAGCGAAGGAUGAGCAGCAGCAGCUGGACACUGAAGUGGCAGGUAAUAUGGACAGAAUUGAGGCGGAUGAGACAGUGAAGGAACAGCAACAAGACACAUCAGUGCCAGUUACUAGAAUUGUUGAGUUGUUUGAGUCUUUAAAGGAGCAUCCCCAUGACACUACUACUACUGCUGUGGAGGAGCAGCACCACGAUAAGGAUAGGCCGGCAAGCCCUGACUAUUUGCAGCAAAAUGUGCAGCGCGAGAUCCCACAAGAGAUUUAGGAAUGUACCUAGUCAGGAGAGAAUAGUUUAUAUACUUGUGCUACAUUUGCUCUUACCGUGUUGCAACUUAUGAUGUUCUUUCCCUUUGUCGUCGCUGUCUUCUCUUUAAUUCUAGGUUCUGUACCCUGCACAUGUACAUUUUUGGAGAGUGCUUUUCCUCUUUACUUCUACUUCUUUUGGUCUCUAUAGUAUGUACAUGAAGUGUGGGUUGUAUAGUUGGUUUUUUACCGUA